AUGGCCACAUUGGCGCCGCCUCCGAGUAAGCGGCAAAAACUUGCUGCUGAAGAGAGGGCAGAAAGAGUGCUGGAGGAGUCAAGAAUUCCAGACGACUUGGGUAGCGUGAGAGUGCAGUUUGUCGAUCAGAGCACGGGAAAGUCAACGGGACCGGUGGUUGCGGUGCCUGUGAAAGAUGCCACGGUCAAAAACCUGGAGACACUUCUGAACAGUAUACAAGGCAACGAUCCUACUGAGCGCCUACCUUACCGCUUCUUCUUCCAGAAUGACCGAAUUUCGAGUUCCCUUGGACCUGUGGGAGCCAUUGUUGAUGUGCAAACUGACCUGUACAACUCCAUCCUCAAACCCGGCUUGAAGACCACCGAAGACAAUAUCAUCCUCCAGUUCACACCUCAGGCUGUAUUCCGCGUCCGCGCCGUUUCAAGAUGUUCUGCGUCAAUAGCAGGGCACGGCGAAGCCAUCCUCGCGACUGCGUUCUCACCAGAGACAUCGUCUAGAAUGGCCACGGGUAGUGGGGACAACACCGCACGGAUAUGGGACUGCGACACGGGAACACCUCUGCAUACGUUGAAGGGGCAUACGAGUUGGGUACUUGCCGUGUCAUGGUCUCCUGAUGGCAAAAUCCUUGCUACUGGAAGCAUGGACAACACUGUGCGGCUGUGGGACCCAAAGACAGGAGAGUCCCUAGGUGGGCCAUUGAAGGCACACACGAAAUGGAUCACAAGUCUCUCGUGGGAACCGUACCACAACCAGGCACCAGGAAAGCCUCGAUUGGCAUCGGCCUCCAAGGACGGCACAGUCAGAAUUUGGGAUAUCCCGCUGCGCCGUAUUGAGCAGACUCUUUCCGGGCACAAGGGAUCGGUCACCUGUGUGCGGUGGGGUGGGCUCCAUCGUGUAUUUACCGCCUCCCAAGACAAAACGAUCAAAGUAUGGAACUCGCGAACCUGGAAUUGUCUACACACCUUAUCGUCGCACACUCACUGGGUCAAUCACCUCUCUCUCUCCACUGACUUUGCCCUUCGAACAUCUUAUCACGACCACACGGGAAAAGCCCCGUCAACCGCCGAAGAAAGAGUUGCUAAAGCAAAAGGGCGAUUCGAAGAGGCUGCACGUCAGGACGGAAAGCUGGUCGAAAGACUCAUCUCGGCAUCGGACGACAACACCAUCUUCCUGUGGGAACCGUCUUCUUUUGACCCAGACUCGAAGGCGACCCCUAAGCCCAUUGCACGCUUGUUGGGCCACCAAAAACAAGUUCUGCAUGUGUCCUUUUCUCCCGACGGCCACUACAUUGCCUCGGCCAGCUUCGACAAUAGCGUCAAAUUAUGGAACAGUCGUGAUGGCAAAUUCGUCUGCACCCUGAGGGGCCACGUAGGCUCUGUGUACAUGUGCGCAUGGUCAAGCGACAGCAGGUUGCUGGCUAGUUCGAGCAAAGACACCACCGUCAAGGUGUGGGAUGUGAGGACGGGCAAGCUGAAGAUGGAUCUGCCAGGACACAAGGACGAAGUGUUUGCCUUGGAUUGGUCUGUGGAUGGCGCCUGUGUGGCUAGCGGUGGGAAGGAUAAGAUGGUCAAGCUAUGGAAGCAUUGA